GGGAAUUUUCGUCAGGCGAUUGGAGGGGUUUCACACAUUUGUGGUUGCUUGUAGACGGCUCAAAUCAAGCUGGACAGUAAUCAGUCCCGUGCCGCACCGGCUGCUACACCAUUCUCGAUGUGGAUGCCCAGACCAAGUGGUGCAGAGCAGUGCUUUUCUCGGAUGCAGGUCAUUCAUUGGGUUCCCAAGACCUCGACUUCGCAUGUUUCUCCAACGCCGCCACAGAUCCUUCUGGGUCCUGUCCCCGAGACCUUGCAGAUAGAGAUGUCUACAGUGUUGGCAGUGCCGUCAGCACAAGACGUUCAAAGGUUCGUUUUGGGUUCCCAAGACCUCAGAUUCGCAUGUUUCUCCAACGUGGCCGCUGCAGCUCCACACAGAGAUGCAGAUGGAGAUGCCAGCAGAAUCAGUGAUGCUCAAGGAUCCAACGUGGCCGCUCCGGUCGAAGGUACUCGCUGCAAGCUCACCUGCAGUAGUUGGGCCACAUCUAAGUGCGAAGCCCCUGCAGCACCAGCAUCUCGAAUGCGCUGGAAAGAUGCCCGUGGCCUUCGUCGCAAGCGUGCGCUGGAGAGAUCCAGAGGGGUGCAACAUGAGCACGGUCAUGUUAGACAUGAUGAAGCGACAGAAGGAACCGAGAGAUGUUCAUGCAACUUCACCAUCGAUGAACUUCGAGUCGAACUUCGUCGAAACAGGGCAAGUGGCAUGCAGCGUUUGCGUGGACAGGUGUGGCGCCUGUCACGCGAUGCAGCUGGCUGUCGACUGGUGCAAGAAGCGCUUGAAUCAGGCGGUCGAGAAGCUGUAGAGUUAGCGCAUGAGCUGCAGGGUCAUGUCCUAGAAGCGGUGAUGUGUCCACAUGCAAACUACGUGGUGCAAAAAGUAGUGUCACAUUUGUCGGUGGCUGCCAGCAGCUUCGUUGUCAGAGAGCUCCAAGGAAAUGGAGUGCGUGUAGCUAAGCAUCGCUUUGCUUGUCGCAUUUUCUGUCGUCUUUUGGAAUUCGGCACCAGUGCAACUUCACAACUGGUUGACGAACUACUAGAGACUGGAGAGAACCUUUGCACGCAUAGCUUUGCGCACCAUGUGAUUCAAUCCAUUUUGGAGCAUGGCGAGGAAAGGCACAAGCAUCUCAUUGCCAAGAUGUUGACUUCGGAGCUCUGGACACAUGCGACCCACAAGAACUCCAGCUACCUCAUAGAGAAAGGGCUUGACUACUUUCGCGCGGAGGAUCAGGAUGUCCUGGUGACCACACUGGGGAAGCCUGAGGCUCUGCUGGACUUGGCUAUGCACAAGUAUGGGAGCUUCGUUGCACGAUCCUUGCUGCAGGAUAGCCGAGUCAACGUGAAAGCAGCACUACGCCAUCUUCAAGAUCACCAAGUAGAUCUGAAAUCCACCAAACACGGGUCACUUGGAGUCUUAGAGGCGAAAGCUUUGGCCAAAGCAACACAACAUUUUUUCAGUGGUUUCAGAGUAGAUGAUAUAUAUAUAUAUAUUUACCAGGCUACCGCCUGCAGCCGCCGACCCCAAGAGAAAAUGUAG